AUGUCUGGAGAACUCAACGUCGCAGCAGUGCUUCACCCGAAGCCUGAGAAAUUCCAAGAGGUUGCUGCCCUCGUCACCGAGGUGGUCAAGAAGGUCAAAGAGCACGAAGCGGAUACCUUGCUCUACUAUGCUUUUUCCGUCCAAGAGAAGAAUGAGAUUGUGAUCAUUGAAAGAUAUAAGAAUCAAGACGCCGUCCGGGCUCAUGUGCAAGCCCCUUAUUUCAAAGAGUUCGCGUCCAAGAUCCCCGACUUGUCAGCGAAGCCCUGGGAGUUGCGAGCGGGAACAUUCUUGGGAGGCGAGCGGGGAGUGUCGCGGCUGUAA